AUGUGGCGGAUCUUUCCACUUCUUCUUUGCUUCUACGCGGUGCUCUCAAGUGGUACGUCUAGUGAUGAUGACAGGAGAUGGCUUGUUUCCCUCAUAGAUCUGGUGGAGCUGGACUAUCAAGAUCAAUGUAACCAACGAGCUGAAGCAACCUGGGAAGAACUUUUAGGCAAGAAGAAAAUCUUGUCUUUGAAUUUAUGUUACAUUUUAACUUCAAUUGAAAAACUGCAUAACUCCAUAGCAAGAGAACAAGAUGAGGAAAAGUUGCGUCUGAUGAAAGCGUCAUGGGAUAGUCACCUGCCAGAUUUUAAGGAAUAUCUUAAUAAAAUUCUGCCUUUACAGAGGAAUGUGUCGAAAGAAAGUCAUAGUAAACAAAGUAUAUUUAUGUACGUAUCAACAGUUUAUGACUCUGCUGAAGAAUAUUGGAAUUCGUUAGCCGAAUGCGAAGGGGCAAUGUUAACGGCCCCUGAGAUUUGGGAUCACGUCAGACCUUUGUACCUCAAAUUACAUAAAUACGUAUCACUCAAGCUGAAAGGCGUGGACGAAGUUGGAAAGCCCUUGCCGAUAUAUUUGCUUAAAGAAUCCGCUUUCAAUGGAACCUACCCUCCUAUAAUAGUAGAUUGGUGCGAAUCAAACAGAAUGAGAUUCGUAACUUGCAAGGACGUCAGUAUUCAGAACUAUAUGGACGCACAUGAAACAGCUAUGAAAAUAAAAUACAAAAUCACGACCAGCUUACACAGCAAUAACACAUACGUGUUAAGAGGAGCGCCACGUUGCUCGGCUAUAUAUGAAGCAGUGCCGCGAUUUGUAUCAUUAUUGCCUCUGAAUCCCCAUACAUUAGAGGGUGCUGGUUUGUAUCCGCUUAAUAGGUUUCAUUACAACCAAAACCACAAUAGACUCGUUCUGCUGCUCAUUAUAGCAUUGAGAGAUUUAUCGAAGUGA